GGAAAAUUGAAAGAUAUGAUACUGUAUAUAGAUAUAUAUACGCUUAGGUCUUGAGCAACUUUUUAUGGUAUAGAAAUUGGGAUGGAGUGUCGGAGGUAUAGUAGUUACACCUCGUCAAGAGAGACAUUGGUGCAAGCCUACAGGGACUGUUCCUUUCAAUCCUGAUGCAAUUAUUUUACAAAGUCCAACCUCAUGUGAGAAGAGUACUUCCAGUUUGAAUCAAACACUGCGGCUUUUCUCCGACCAGUCCCGCAGUAGUCCGCUUUUUUCGUGAAGAGUGAUGUAACAGCACCGAAGUGUCUGUUACUUAGUUGUGCGAGAAAUUAGUCACUUUAGUUGUUAGAGCUAAUUUAGUUUGGAUUGGUUUAGUUUCAGUGAUGAUUUGGUUUAGUUUAGAAGAAAUUAUAAUCAGUACACUAAACCAUGCUAGACGGGAGACGACAUACACUAAACUACACUAUAGCUAUAUACUUUAAAAAAUCAGUGAAUGCUUUUACUUCAUUGCGUUUUUCAGGCACAAUCUCGUAGAGAGCUACAGUUAGAGUAUGACUAUACAAUAUUUCUGACUUUGAAGACUAAAAUCCAAAUGAAUUUUUUCCGCUGUUCUAGGUUGGUUAUCACAGGAAUCUACAUCUUGAUGGUGAUGAUAAAAAUUACCGUGUUACAACAAUCGCGAUGAAACCGACCAUCUUUGGUAAAUGUGCAUAUAUUUAACACAAAGAUAACCAUGAAAAAUCAUUUCAUUAACUUGAUCUUUCUAUGUUGUCUAUCUUAGAAAUUCCCAACUUUCUGACUGACUCGGAAUGUGAGCAUAUUCAAAAUCUGGCGAAGAAAAAUGGAUUGAGAGAAAGUGUCGCAGGAUUCGAAGAGCAAGCUUACAAAGGAGAAAUAGAAGACGCCCUAAAACAAUCAGGUAAGGCAUUUGAUAUAAACAUUCUUAAUGCUUUUCGUGUUCCGAAUUUUCCCAACCUCGUACCCAGGUUUUUACCUUCGCAUACCCAUAGGUAAGACCCUGAGUACGAGGUUGGAAUCUUCCUGGUCAACCAUGGAAAAUUUGACGGCGCAAGAAGACUCUGAUUUUCUGAUCUGAACGUUGAGCAUAAUUCAAUGACAUAUUGAAUGCCGACUGGAGAAAUUCAUUCAAACCCGACACUCAUUAUUACAAUGUAUAAGUGCUCCGACUAACAUAUUUUAGCGAAGAUAGAAGGCAGAACAGAGGACCUUUCAAAGAACCGGAGAGAACUAUUUAUCUCUACUUAAUUGCGUUUUUUAAACACCUCAAAACUAUGUAAGGUUGUGGCCCAACCUAAGAUUGAUCUUACUCUAGAUCUUCUAUAGUAUUCUUAACCCAGUGUGAACAAUAUGUGCCUCAAAGAAUAGAAAAUUUGACCGUACAAAACAUGGUCUUUACUAUUAUCAUCUUAAAUGAUAGGUAAAUAGGAUUUUCUCUUCCAUGCAUAAAGUAUGUGAGAAAGAUAAAAAUUGCCCCGCCCCCCCCCUUCACCAUUCAUAUUAUCAUAUAUUUCUGUCCGUACAUAACAAAACAAAAUAUAAUCUUCGAUAUGUACAUUGAACAAAAUUUUACAGUGAAACAUACAGAAGUGAGGACUACUUCCUCAACAUAAACUGUGUGUGAAAAAUUGAAAAUAUUCCUCAAUCUUAUUGCUUAGGUAAAUUUUCUUAAAGAUCAAUUUGUUUCCUAUUAAAAUGCUCUUCUUCUUUUCAUGUUAGAAAACGAGAACUACGCACUUCAUCUUCCCGAGUUUGUCGAUCAUUUCUACGAAUGGGACAGAAAUGGAGAUUCCUUCAUUACCAUGGAUGAGGUAACUUCUGACUAUUAGACAACUGCUUGAUUGAUGCAUGUGAAAAAACUGAUUUCUCCCAAUCCACACAGUUCAAUUACCAUUAAUCAUUAUUUAUUGUGCAUACGCAAGGAUGAAAAUUUUUGUACCAAUAAAGUUUUCAUUAUAGUACGUACUUUUAGUUACUGGCCAGCAAAUAUUUUUAAAUUGAAGUGUUUUGUAAAACUAAGAGCUUCUAUUUUGUUACGUAGGUUAAGGAAAUGUGUGAACGAAGUAAUGGAUUAUUUUUCAGCGAGAAUGAAAUCACGGAUAUGUAAGUAUAAAGUUCGCCACAAAUAUCUUCACCUCGAUGACUUCAAUGCAGCGGUUUUUACACUUAAAUAAACCCUCGCCCCUUACCUGACCCUAAUCUUUCUAAGUCAUUUGGGAAUAGCAGUAUACGAAAACCUUUAAAAAUUGCUUUUCAUUUCUUUCAGGUUUUCAAAGAUCAACUAUUCGCUUUUUGACGAUGGUAUGAUUUACUGUAUUUCACAUGCCGGUUUUUUUCACGAUCAACAGAGGUCCCAAGGACAAAUCGUCUUGUUGAUCUAGUAGUUUAAUCUCACCUUUAGAACCUUUUAAGCCAUUUGCGCAAUUGCAUCUCAUGCUAUUCGCUGAUCUACGUGAGACAUUAAAUGUCUUAAAUUAACGAUUUAAAAGUCAUUCUCAUUGCAUUCAUAUUUCCAUACCUUCAGGAAGAAUAAAUGAAGAUGAAUUUAACUUACUUCCCUUCAACAAACUUGAUGCGUAUCUUAAUUUCGUCCAUUCCAAACAUCCAUUCCAUCGGCCAAGAUACAGCGAGCACACAUGGCUUACUGAACAGAAACAAAAAGAUCCAGUUUUAACAAAAGUUUACGACAGGUUAGCAAAGACAAGUAGUGGUUGAUGUUAUUGCAGUUUUCGUUGGCGUUGUUUUUUCGGCGUUGUUGUCGUCGUUGUAUUUGUUGUUGUUGUUGUUGUUGUUGACAUUAUUAAAUGUUGUAAUGUUGUUGCCGUUGUUACUGCUGCUGUUGACGCUGUUGUCAUUGUAGGUCAGUAUUGCUAUCUUUGUUAUUGUUGUUGCCAUCGCUGUGUUCUCGUUGUCCUCAUCAUUGUUUUCUCGUCGUCGUUGUUGUUGCUGUUAAUUGUUGUUGUGUUGUGUUGUUGUUGAUGAUGAUGUCAUUGUCGAUGUUACAAAUUCUACAUGGCGAGAUCACCUGCUCAAUUUCAAUACAAGAAAUCAUUUCCUUUUAGAAUUAUUCGGCUGACUCAGUUGCCACGGAAAUUGGUCGACGGAAGUGAAGACGUCCAAGUAAGCUCAAAAUCAACGCCACUGUCACUGAUUGAAAGCUCACAUAUAACUUACCUGGCACUGUAAACUCCGUUCGGUUAAAAAAUCCUGACGAUACGACGCUUGGCUGUCGCUUCUGACCCAUUUACAGCUCAUUUCUGAAGGCUUUAUGCUUCUAUUUAUCAAAUAACCAAAAGUCCAACGUUCUACAGGAACAUUCAUCUCACUUCUAAUAACUUCUUAUAAAUUCGCCUUUAUGCGUACAGUUUAACCUUCCAACAACUCUGCUCGCGUUUUCGAAUUACAGUAUUUGCAAAACACGAUGCACUAAGUACAUUUUUGAAAUUCAAAUGAAGUUGCAUGCAAAGUAGGUUGGGUAAAAUUGUUCACCCAAUAAAGCUAUUCCCAUUGGGAAUAUUGCCCUUUAGUUUAGGGACAGUGAAAUAGACCUUUAACUAUUUGUUUAUGUUUUGCAUGCUGGACAAAUUUUCUUUGAACCAGCCCCGUAGCUUUUGUGGUUUGGCAUUGCUAAAUCCUCACAAGCCCCUGUCACACAAGGAACUCUCAUCGACUCUCAAUAUCAACUUUGAACUAGUUCAAAUUUUAGUGAAAUUUGAUAAGAGUUUUCGCGGCGUGCGGUAAUAUUCAUGCAGUCAACUCUCAUCAACUCUCAUGCAACUUUUGUUUAAAUUUCGCCAGUUUAACCGGGGCAUGAGAGUUGAGAAAAUUCUCAGCCUCAUGCAAACUCCCGUUUCUCAACUCUCAUCAACUUUCAGAGCAUAUAUCUUGUCUAUAUUAUAUUUGCUGCUAGCAAAACGUAAACGAGGCAAGGGGUUUGUUAAUGAUCAGUUUAUAACUUUUUAAUUACUAGAUUGUAAGAUAUAACAUUCGUGGUCAUUAUCAUGCUCAUUAUGAUUCAACGCCAGAAGACUUUGGUAAAAAUGUCGUUUGUUGUCAUCAAAAUCACGACCGACAUAAAGAAUGUAAAUUGUGUAGGUGAGUAGGAAACUUUAUGUGAUUAUUACGAAGUUGAUGCAAAUGAAUAUGACCAAGUAUUUGUCUUGGGUGAUUGCUAGAUAGUAUACUUCAAAAUAAGGUUUCCGUUUUUAUAACGUAGAAAAAACUAUCCUAACGCAAAACUAAACCCUAACCCUAAUACUAAACCUAACCCUAACUCCAACCUAACCCUAACCUAAACCCUAACCUAACCCUAACUUAUUUUAAAAAUAGAAUAAAAACGGAAAUCUUAUUUUGAAGUAUACUAUCUAGCAAUUGCCAUUUGGUCUUGGUUAACUCAAAUGUCGAACGUUUUCAUGUCCUGAACCUAAUGCAAACAGCUUGAGUCAUUCGGUUAACUGGACUUUAGUAUGACAUAUUGACAUAGGCCCUUUGGACGUAAUGUCAAUAUCAAGGCCGUAGGAAUUAUUCUAGGGGGAUCAAAUUCAAAACCUAUUCCACCCCUCACUUUACAUUCGGGAGGGAGGGAUUUCACGCUCCUGCUCUCCCCCCCCCCCUCGCUUUCUACUUUUCUGGUCGAAACAAUGUGUGACAGGAGAGCAUGGAGAACAGUGGGAUAUUUUCAAAACAAUGGCGUGAAUUUGCAUGCAAUGGCACAGUCCGAUCACUGGAUCGUUACUGGAUGUAGCAAUAUUGACACCUGAAUUUGUUUCAGGAUUUUGACAGUGUUGUAUUAUCUCAAUGAUGUGGACGAAGGAGGCGAAACUGCUUUUCUUGUUGCGGACAAUACAACAUUGGAUGUCAAGGUAACACAGUCGUAAAGCAACACAGCCUCAGCAAUUCUACAACACUUUUACAACACUUUUAAAUUAGCCUAGCCCCUCUGCAGGCAUCGCCAUUAGAUUGGCGGGCAGAAUUUGAUCAUGGGCAAUACUAAACCCAAUCUAAAAGCUCACUCACAUUCAAAGAGUGGAGGUUCAAUCUGAGACGCUUUCCUUGAGUGGCAAUGCUGUUUUUGAAUAGCUGCAGGGUGAGUAGUCACAUAGUAAGGUACGACACUAACCCUCCAGCUAUUCAAAAACAGCACUGACACGAAAUUUUGAAAUAAAAGAUGACUGCCUUACGAGAUUAAGAGGUAGGAAAUUUGCUGCUGACAGUGCCUGCUGUAACUGUGAGUCCCUACAUUAACUAACACUAAUAGACAUUCUGUUCUAUAUUUUCAUUGUACUUAUAUUGUAAUGUAAAUUUUAUUAUUUUUGUUUGUUCUGAUAUAGUAUCUAAAAUCCUUAAACAAAAUGUUCAAUCUCAGCAAACGAUGUCAUACUUCAAACCUGCUCAUUCCCGCAAGGAAAGGCACAGCUAUAAUGUGGUAUAAUCACGAAGUGGACCCCCGGUCAGGUUGGCUAGGAGACUUGGAUUACCAUACCAUUCACGGGGGGUGUGAUGUGUUGAGAGGAGAGAAGUGGAUUGCUAACUCGUGGAUAAAUGCACCUACCUCUGAAUCUGCGCAUGUCUCCAGCGUGUUUUACAAAUGAAUUACAAGUUUACAACAAUUUAAUAGAUAAAAAAAACUAGCAAAGAAGUUUUGUUGUUGUCGUCGUUGAUGCUAUUGUUGUUAUCCAGUUUCAAUGUUAAUGACAAGUUAGACGGCUAGACAAAUGAAUCGGUGGUGCCGGAUUAAUCGUCUGUCCGUUCCGGUAUACAUUGCCAUUGGACAAACUGUUCGUCUUAUAGACACAGUAAAGGAAUUGUCUGUUUAUUUAUUUAUUUAUUUAUAUUUAUUUCAAAAAUUAAUAAUGAUAAUAAUUCAUGAAGCAAUUAUCCAAUCUUGAGUAAGAAAUUAGUCACGUGCAUACGUCUUUAUACCAGCUAAAGAACACUUUAACAAAAGACCAUUGUUAUGCAAACUA